UAUGCAAAGUGAUAAUCCAAAUUUAACAAAUGUUUGCCUAGUAGCUAUGAAAGUAUUAAAUGGAUGGAGAAAUAUCCCAUUACCCGAUCAAGAGAGAAAUUGUUCAAAAGAGAAUUAUAUAUUGAACAAAUUAUGGCAAUCAUUAAUUCUAAUAGAUGAAAUUGAAAUUGCCUAUUGCUAUUACAAUGAAUUUUUUAAUGCAAAUAGAUGCUUGAACGAGCACAUUCUCAUCUCGGAAGUAGACGAUAGUGGUAUUGAAUUCAAUUUAAUAUUAAAUAAGGAAGAAACAAACUGCAAUGCAAAUGGUUUAAAAAUCAAAAUUCCAGCUAAAUCCGUGCUAAAUAGCUUACUAAUUGAAAUAAAAAUCAAGUCAAAUAGUCUCGAUAUAUUUCCAAAUGACCUUAUUCUAGAAAAAGUUGGAUCUUUAUCCUUUCCAUUCAAUGACGUCAUAAAUGAAAAUAUAAGUGCAAAAGAUCUACCUAAUUAUAUAGUUAUUAAAAAAUCAAAUGUUGGAUUCUUUUUCAAAAAGUUAAGCAAUUUAAAAGGGAUUUUUGAUGAAUAUAUUAAAAUGAUAACAAGUGGAUUAAAAAGGAAUAUGUCUGGCGAAAGAUUAUAUUUUAUAGUUUGUAUUGAAAAGAUCAGUAAUAACUUAUUGGCUGGAAAGUUAAUAGUAGCAAGUUCACUUGAAAAUAAUCAAUUGCCAAACAAUACUAUUCAUAUAGAAGAUCUAAAUGAAAUUUUCUUGAUGAGUAAAAGCGAGAUAAUUGAUAUUUCAUUGGAAAUAAACGAUGGAUGGUCUGUUUGGAGGAAGACACCUUUAACAGUGAAAAUUAGCUUAUUAAAUAGAGGAUACCAAACAAAAUCGCAUUUUAUAUUAAAGAAAACCUUAGAGAAUACAACAAAUUGUACCUUAAAAAUAUUAGUAAACUUGAGAAAGAGUAAAAAGAAUAUAGAAGAAAUAAUUGAUUUAGAGAAAAGAUGCUUAAACGAACAAUCUAAUUACGCUCUAACACUAAUUCAAAAGAAAGAUGUUACGUUGAACGUAAAGAAUGCUACAUUGAAUUUACCUUUCGAUUGUCUAUCGAAAAAUGUUAUACCAAGUAUUUGUAUAUGGGAAGAAGAACAAAAGAAAAAGCACGAAUGUAACGCUCUAGUUAUACUAUUAAAGAGUAUUCCGAAUGAUGCACAUUUUAAAAAAUCGGCUAAUCUAUCUCUUAAGAUGUCGAAUAAUUCACCGAAAAUAAUAACUAGCGUUAGUGGAGCGGUUGUUGAUUAUAAAUGCGAAGAGAAUAGUUGUGAUAUAUCGUUAGAAAUUAAUAGCUUUAGUAAACUCACUAUUAGAGAUGGUAUAGUUAUUUUUGGACACGUUGUUGGUAUACCAUUAGAAAGUAAUGGUACAAUUAUUGAUAUUUAUUUAGCUAGGAAGAAUAUAUUCGCUCCAAAGAGCAAAUACGAUAAAUAUUCUAUAAGCGUUACUCUCGAUUUACAAAUUGAUGAUACAAUACCAAUGGAUAGUGUAAGUCAUAUCUUCAAAGCUCGUUUAAAGAAUAACGACGACGAUGAUUUCGGUAAUAAUAUUGAAAGUUUUGAAAAAGUAUGUCUAUUGAAGGAUCUUGUCGAUGUUCCGGCUGGACCGACAUUCUCUUGGAAACUUUAUGAUACUCAAUUAGAAGAUAUUAAUUAUCAGUUUAUCAUUGAUUAUGGUAAUGCCUGCGUAAGUUCUCAAUUAUUAAGAUACAGAUCGGAAGAGGAUCAGAAGAAAGUCGAAGUGAAAAAGUACCUUCUUCUAUGGGAAUAUUUAACAAUUGAUCUAAAGUAUAUAGGAAAAAUAUCAUUGUGCCAAUUGAUUAGGGAAACAAUUGCUAAUAAAAUGGAAAAGUUAAUUUCCGGUUUUAAUAGAACAUUUAAAAACUUAAAAGAAAUAACAAUUGAUGAAAUUAAAGAAUCUGUUUAUCAAUGGAAUUUAAAAAGUGUUAAUGAAUUAAUUAACGAUAUAGAGAUUUUAGAAUGUCAACAGGAUCUUUUACAAGAGUUUGAAUCAUUAAAAAUUAAUACCUAUGUUCAAAUAAUUAGAAAUCUAAAAAGUAAGGAGAAAAACUAUUUAGUUAAGUAUAUGCAUGAUAAAUUGAUCGAUAUUAAAGAUACUAAUUGGAAGAUGUUAUACGAGUCGAGAUUAAAGAGAGGAAGCUUUUCUGAUUAA